AAUUUCAUAUAACAUUUUAGAUAUCUUACAUUAAACAAAAAUAUUAUUUAAAUUAUUGUCACCUGUUUACUUUUACUUUUGAAUGUGCCUACUAGAGAAUUUAAAAUUGCUCUUGGCUGUGUGUCACAUCUCUAUUGGGCGGCAGCUCUGCAGUGUCAAGUCCAUGGCUCAGUCUCCAGGCCCUAGAGCCCUUUCCUGGGGAAAAGCUAGAAAGAGCCUGUUUAAAAUGAUAUUGAGCUUCAGAGAACCUGGAGCUCCAGCUUCUCACUGUGCAUCUGAGCAGGCCAUGGCCAGACCCCUGCGUACCCCACUGCUCCUGCUGGCUAUCCUGGCCGUGACCCUGGCUGUGACCCUGGCCAUGCCCCUGGCCAAGAACUCCAAAGGGGUGGUCGGCAUCGAGAAAGCAGAUGUCAAUGAUGAGGGCGUGCAGCGGGACCUGGACUUUGCCAUCAGCAAAUACAACAUGAGGAGAAAUGACUCAUCCAACAACGUAUUGGAUGAAUUAUUCAGUAUCUUUCAGCAGGCCGUUGUUAAGUUGUACCUGGACACAAUCCGGACCACAUGAAACAAGUCCCAGCCCUACUUGGACAACUGUCCCAGGCGAGGCCACAUCUGAAGAGGGAAUAGCUCUGCUAUUUUUAGAUCUACAGUGUUCGCUGGGAGGAUUCACUGACCUUGGUGAAUUCCAGCUGUCAGAAGGCC